AUUCUGACUCAUUGAACCUCUCGAGUCUGAAAUCUGAAUUCAACUGUUCAGCAAAUUUGCAGAAAGGGAGAAUAAAGAAGAAGAAGAAAAGAGAAAGCUGUUUUUGAUUUUUCACUGUGGAAUCUGAAGGAACUUAGCACCAGAGAAAGAUUGAUUUCUUUAUUGUUUCCUUUUUUUUUGGUUAAGAUUUUCUCAUCUGAAUCCAAUUCCUAUCUUGCACCUUUGGAUUCUUUCAAGCUUGUUGGAUGAACUGUGAAUUUCAAGCUAUUCUCUGAUCUAAUUUCUCUUGGCGCGGAAUUCGUUUCUGGGUCUCUUUAUUGUAGAAAAAAUGGUGAAGCGUGGAUAUAAGCUGCAGGAGUUUGUGGCUCAUUCAACCAAUGUAAACUGCCUUAAUAUUGGGAAAAAGGCAUGUAGGAUGUUUAUCACGGGUGGUGAUGAUCACAAAGUCAAUCUUUGGGCAAUUGGAAAACCAACUUCUUUAAUGAGCUUGUGUGGUCAUACAAGCCCAGUUGAAUCUGUAGCCUUUGACACAGCAGAAGUUUUGGUUCUUUCUGGAGCUUCAAAUGGAGUAAUAAAGCUUUGGGAUUUGGAAGAAGCAAAAAUGGUUCGCACUCUUACUGGACACAGAUCAAACUGCACUGCUGUUGAAUUUCAUCCAUUUGGUGAGUUCUUUGCAUCUGGUUCAACAGACAAAAAUCUGAAAAUUUGGGAUAUCAGAAAGAAGGGAUGCAUUCAUACAUAUAAGGGUCAUACUCAAGGCAUUAGUACUAUUAGAUUUACUCCUGAUGGUCGCUGGGUUGUUUCUGGUGGAUUUGACAAUGUUGUAAAGGUGUGGGAUCUCACUGCUGGAAAGCUUUUACAUGAUUUUAAAUUCCAUGAAGGACAUAUCAGAUCCAUAGACUUCCAUCCCCUUGAAUUUCUCCUGGCCACAGGUUCAGCAGACAGAACUGUGAAAUUCUGGGACUUGGAAACUUUUGAAUUGAUUGGAUCUGCCAGACCUGAGGACACUGGAGUACGCUCAAUUACCUUUCAUCCUGAUGGGAGGACAUUGUUUUGUGGAUUGGAGGAUUCUUUGAAGGUUUAUUCUUGGGAGCCUGUAAUUUGCCAUGAUGCUGUUGAUAUCGGAUGGUCCACACUUGGUGACGUCUGCAUUAAUGAAGGCAAACUUUUGGGUUGCUCGUACUAUCGAAAUUCUGUGGCAGUUUGGGUAGCAGAUAUAUCGCUUAUUGAACCAUAUGGGGUUGGUUUUUCACCGGAAGAAAGUGACUGCACAGAGAAAAAAUUUAAUAUCCUCAAAAGUGAUUCCCCGGACAAAGCAAGGAAUGGAGUAAGAUCAACUUCAGAUUUACGCUCUUUAUCUCCUGAAUAUGAGAUCAAAGAAAUAAAGAACAUUUAUGUAGACACUACUAGUGGAAAUCCAUUUUCUUCACAAAAAGUUGGGUCUUUGAACCCACCUAACAUGGCCCUCCCAUUGGAUACUAAGGAGAUGGAUAAUCCACCAAUGGAGAAGAAAAGUCCCAUAAAAGGAGUGAAUGGAAAUGCUGGUGGGGAAGCACUUAAUAAAUCUUUUGUUAUGCCCACUGUUGUACAUCAGGACAAUCCUAUUCAAAAGAAAAUUUCCAAUUCUGAAAGGGAAACUGUCACAUUUUCAAGGACAAAACCUGGCAUGUUGCUCAGGCCAGCUCAUAUACGGAAGCCAUCAAAUAGCAAGAAUGAUGUUGAGAAGCUGUCAGUAACUCCUGAGUCUGAAAGUUUUAGCAGUGUGACAAGUGAAAAAGAAAGUGCAGUGGAUCUGAAAUUGCAAUCUCUGAAUUUAUCAGAAGAUGUGGCGCGUAAAUCCUGUGAGGAAAAAAGUUCUACUAUAAAGAGUGUUGCAGAUAAGUUUGAAAAAAUUUUAUCCCCAGAAACACCCUCUAGUCAGGAAAAUUGUGAUGAAUUCAGUAAUGGCAAUAGAAGGAUCCCCUCUGUUAAAAUUGUCAAUGGAGUUGCUGUGGUAGCAGGCAGGACUCGCUCUCUGGUUGAGAGGUUUGAAAGACGAGAGAAAUUUAAUAAUGAAGAUCAAUCAAUAAAUAUGGCCUCCAAAAUUGUGCAUGAAACAAAUAGGACAACCACCGUAUCAAAUAAUAUCAAUGCUGGUCCUGCACCUGAAAUUGAUAGAGAACCUCCCUCGUCAACUAAUAUCACCCCUCUUGUUGUACCUGAAAUGGAUAGAAAACCUCCUACAGCAACUACUAUGAAUCCUCGUGUUAUACCAGAAACUGAUAGGAAACCUCGCUUAGCAACUAGUAUGAACCCUCUUGUUAUACCUGAAACCAAUAGAAAACAUCCCAUAGCAAAUAUGAGCCCUCGUGUUAUAUCUGAAACUGAUAGAAAACCUCCAGCAGCAAUUACUAUGAAUCCUCGUGUUAUACCUGAAACCAAAACCACCUUAGCAACUAAUGUGGUUCCUGGUAUUGUGCACGAAAUGGGAAGAACACCCACUAGAGCAACUGCUGUAACCCCCUGUGUAAUACCUGAAAUGGAUAGAACACCCACCACAGUAAAUAAUCAAUUUAUUCCUGAAAUUGAUAUAUCACCUUCCAUGGUAACUGACAAGACUCCUCGCAUUGUACGUGAAAUGGAUAGAAUGCCUUCAAUUCUGGAUGAGCCUCAGAUUUCUGGCAGGGACAGAAUUUCUUCUAAAUAUGGGGAUAUGAGUGAAGAUCUGAUGCAAACACAUGAUGUAUUCUUAAGUACCCUUAAAUCCCGCUUGACAAAAUUACAGGUAGUUCGGCAUUUUUGGGAAAGGAAUGACAUUAAGGGUGCUAUCAAUGCUCUGAGAAAACUUCCAGAUCAUUCUGUACAAGCAGAUGUAAUCAGUAUCCUCAUGGAGAAAAUGGAGAUUCUCACCUUAGACCUAUUUUCUUGCUUACUUCCUGUACUUUUGGGCUUACUAGAUAGCAAGAUGGAAAGGCACACAAGUGUCUCAUUGGAGAUGCUACUGAAGCUUGUAGCAGUCUUUGGCCCAGUCAUACGCUCAACUGUUUCAGCUCGUCGAGCUGUUGGUGUUGAUCUUCAUGCAGAGCAAAGGCUAGAAUGCUGCAAACACUGCUUUGUCCAGCUGCAAAAGAUCCAGCAAAAUCUUCCAGCAGUUAUAAGGAAAGGUGGAAUGGUGGCAAAAUCUGCUCUGGAAUUGAAUCUAGUUCUUCAAGAAUCCUAGCUGAAGCCUGCCAUGGCAGGAUGCAGUCAUUUUCUGCUGCAAGUGUGGGAACGGCGUAAUAAAAUCCUAAUUUCACAUGUCAUUAUGCACCCCCACAAUUUUGUCUUGCUUGCUUGCGGUCCCUAUCAGCCUUUAUUAGCAACAGAGUUUUUCAGCUUGAUAGAGCAGUUCCUUUACAUGCCACUAUCAUGGCAUGAUGAUGGAAGGCACUCAAUUUUCAAUACCAUAGUCCUUCUGGCAGUACCUCCUGUUAAGGUUUGAUUCUAGAUAUUGUUCUGUAUUUUGUGUUUUACUGUUCAAAUUAAUGUAAUUAUGUGGCCAUUUUUGUGUAUACUACAUUCCUGAUAUUCAAUGAAAUGCAUAGAUUUCUUCA